AUGGGCAUCGCAACGCCAGGUAGACUGGCCAUCUUGGCUAUAUUUCUCACCUUUCAGAUCGUCUAUCUAGGCAUCGAAUCUUCCUUCCAUUUCUUCUUUCACAAAAAGAUGACCCAUCAAUCGCUUCUACUCUUCCAGUACUUGAUCGCACCCAUCUCUGUCGGCAUUUUUGGGGUAAUUACUAUCCCAAUUAUUUUCGAUCUCGAAAAGGGCUUUGGAAAAGACACCUUUACAAAACCGUCUUGCCGAGCUGAGAUUGAUGCCGAUAUAGGAGGGUAUGGCAUCCGCAUAGCUGUCUGGGCACAAGAAUUCGUCAUCUUCUUCAUUGCCUUGGCUGGCACAUUCCACUCAAAGGUCACUGGUGCAAAGGAAAUCGGCGCUGGCCUUAUCAUCACACACUUCUCGUUGGCUAUUGCUGUACUUGUUCAACUGAUCCAAAGUGAGAAAGAGCGCAGCAUGCUCACCCCGGCGAGUGCAAUCCUAGGUGCCAUGGUUCUCGACUCGCAGAACAUGGCUCUUUCGAUCAUCCUCAUCAACAAACAGACUCUCGCAUCCAGGUGGCAAGUCGGCAUAGUAAUCUUCUGCCAGGCCAUGAGUAUGUGGGGAAAGCUACGGAACUUCUCCUACAAUAAAAACCCGUCAAUCGAUUUCAAGAAAGACGAACCAAGCGUGUUCUGGUUAUACUACAUAUUCAGAUGUGUUGUCUACGUUCAGAGCAGCUUUCAUGCGCUCAUGAAUACACAGAUCUUUCACAAAGCCGAGAAGAACCCAAGGGACACUCUCAAGGGCAUAACGCACCCAUCUUUGGGCGAAGACCACAACGAGGUGUCGACUUGGCGAGGCAGACUUCGAGCUUGGCUUGGAGCACACUCGCAGGACAUGAAAUAUGCCCUAUACCCAACAACGGUAUCGCUCAUGUACAUCGUUUACGGACUCUUCAUGGUUGCUGCAAUGGCCGCAGCAGAGAUAUCGAUCGGAGACAAAAAAGGCGUAUUCAAACUAGAAGGCGGUCGAGCACUAUCUGUUGGCCAGAUCGUAGCGAUUGUUGUCGCUGCUAUAACAAUUGCCCGUGGACUGUGGCUGUUCUUCAUGUUGUUCAUGGAGGAUGGAGAGAUUAGGAACAUUAAAAAAGGAUUCAGAUGGCCACUACACCUCCAGUUUAAGAACUGA